AGUCUCUCGUGCGUUCAACUCUCUCUACGAGCGCGCGCGGCGGCAGGAGUCGUUUAGUGAAGCACGCUGUUUUAUUCUCUCCCGAGUGUCUGUGUCUCUCUGUUUAUCUUUCUCCCUGACAGCCACAUCUACACAUUAGACAGCAUGACACUUUAAAAAUCCGCCCUCAGCUUGUGGAUUCUGGGGGAUUUCUGCGCUUAUAAAAGAGAGGACACAGUCAGAAUGGGAUUUUUGUAAGCUUAUGAUGCAGCAGGCGAUAUGACUCGCUCCGUGGGUUCCGUGGAUUCUUCCCGCAGGCGAAGAUCCGGAGAAUGAUGGAGGAGAAUAAGCAGCUCGCUCAGCGGAUCGAUGGCGCGAUCCAGUGCGCGAAGCAGGAUGUGGCGAACCUGCGCGCGGAGCUCACAGCCACCGGCCACAGACUGGCAGAACUCGGCGAGCUGGAAGAACCGGGAGAACCGCAGGAACAUCAGCAGCAGCAGCAACAACAGAACCACCAGGAUGCACCAGUGCAGAGACAGAAAGCUCUGACAGAGCUUGGUCAAAAAGGUGACGUCGCUUCUCAGGAGACGUCGUUAGAUAAAGUGCUGCUGCAUGAGGAGGUGCUGCGUCUGCAGGAGGAGGUGUCCGUGUUGAAGCAGGUCAGGGAGAUGUUGAACCGGGAGCUGGAGGAGACAGGAGGAGGCUGCUCUGUGGAGCUGAUGUCCGUCUCUCAGCUCCGAGUGCAGCUCACACAGAAGGAGCAGGAGUUGGACAGAGCCAAGGAGGCACUGCAAGCAAUGAAGACAGACAGGAAGCGUUUGAGGUUGGAGAGGACUGAUCUGGUCAAUCAGAUGCAGCAGCUUUACACCACACUAGAGAGCCGUGAGGAGCAGCUCCGAGAUUUCAUACGCAACUACGAGCAACACCGAAAAGAGAGUGAAGAUGCAGUGAGAGUUUUGGCGAGAGAGAAGGAUCUGUUAGAGCGUGAGAAGUGGGACCUUCGGCGACAAACCAAAGAGGCCACAGAACACGCCGGUGCUCUCCGUUCUGCACUGGACCUGAAAGAGAGCAGGAUCAAGGAGCUGGAGGCUGAACUGACCAUGAUGAGUAGCUUUAUGGCUCAGAAACUAGAGAGUCGUGUGUUUGUUCGAUCUCCUGAAAGACCAGCCUCACCUAAAACAGUGUCGGCAAAACAGUCUUUGGCUACUCUCACUAAAGAUGUUCCGAAGCGCCACUCACUGGCCAUGCCAACAGAGACCGUCGUCAACGGCAACCAGGAGUGGGCGAUGCAUGCUGAGCUUCCUCUGACUGCGGCCAUACGACAGAGUCAACAGAACCUCUACCACUCCAUUGACAGACAGGUCCUGAAAGCAUCACCAUGUGUUUGUGACGGUGAUGGAAUCAGUAUGAUGUCAUCAGCCGCGGCCAGAAUCAGUCCGUGUCACUCGAAACAAGCAUCUGUGAUGUCAGACGCUUCAGUAAUGGAGGGAGAAAGAUCCUCAACGCCGUCAGACUCACCUCGACACAGAACACACUCCCUCUGCAACUCCCUAGAGGACCUGGAGGAGCAGAGGCGCAGGAAGAAGAAAGAGCGCAUGGGCCUGGGCUCUCUGUCCCGGGUGUUCGGCCGAGGGAAGCAGAGAAAGUCCAUGGACCCCACUCUAUUUGAUGACUCCGACAGUUUGUCAAGCCCCGCCCGCCUCAGCGUGAGCCUAUCAGAAUGCGAGGAGCAGCUGGAUCGUCUUCAGCAGGUGGAGCUCGCGCGCUCGGCGCCCAUGUGUCGUUGGAGGGCAGGAACCGUGCAGGCGUGGCUGGAAGUGAUUAUGGCCAUGCCGAUGUACAUGCGCGCCUGUGCCGACAACGUCAAAAGCGGGAAGGUCUUGUUAGUUCUUACGGAUGAGGAUCUGGGAAAUGUUUUGGGAAUCAGUAACUCAAUGCAUCGCAGGAAACUCCGUCUGGCCAUUGAAGAUUACAGGGAUGCUGAAGCAGGACAUGGUCUUUCUAAAGCAGCUGAACUGGAUCAUCACUGGGUGGCUCAGGCAUGGCUGACUGAUGUGGGUCUCCCUCAAUAUUCCCAGUUCUUUCACACUCACCUUGUGGACGGACGUCUCCUGAGUACCCUCACACGUGCUGACUUGGAGAAACAUCUGCACGUAUCUAAAAAAGCCCACCAGAACAGCCUCCUGCUGGGAAUACAACUGCUACACACGCUUAACUUUGACAAAGAGAUUUUGCAGUCCAGACGUUCAGAGUGUGAGAAUCAAAACACAGACCCUGCCGUCUGGACUUGUCAACGCAUCAUUAAAUGGAUCAAAGAGAUUGAUCUGAAGGAGUUUGCUGACAAUCUUCAGACAAGUGGAGUGCAUGGUGCCGUCAUGGUGUUGGAUCCUUCUUUCAGAUCUGACACCAUGGCAACAGCUUUAUGUAUUCCAAGCAACAAGCACAUGGUCCGUCAUCACCUGAGUGAGGAGAUGAAGGCUCUUGUCAGUGCAGCCAGGGCGGGGCUUGAGCAGGAAGUUGAGCCUUUGGGGACUCCGCCCACACUCCACCGGCAGAGUUCUCUGAGCAGCUCAUCACCAAGCUGUCAUGAUGACCAGCAGUCUUUGAGGAGGGUGAAGCAGCAGCUCGGUCUCAGCCCAAAGAAUCUGACUGCACGGAACAUCAGCCACCAGAGCAGAUCUGGAUCAUUUCCAAGGAAUGGACUUCAGGAGGUUUCGCUACAACGGGAGCGUUGCCCGGUUCGCCAUUUUUCUGCUGCUGAGCUCACUAAUGUCUGAGUCUCUCUCUUGUCAAACUACACCUGAAAACAUGACAUUUUCCUAAUUCUCCCAGAUAGGGGAGGAUUUUAUUUUACUUUUCAAGCUAAACUGAAGAAAUCUCACAUUUUCAGAUUCUAGAUUCAGUUUGCCAGUUGGCCUCAGCAUUGUUUUGUAGACCUUAUUUUAUUGUGAAGGUAGACUCAUUUGUCUCAAAGUGAGACCGUGUUAAGAAUUCAUUUGAAAAAAUGUGUUCAGUUGGAUGUUUUGUGAGAUCUCCAAAAUUUUCAUUCUUUAAGUUGGAUUUUCUUUUUUUCUUUUUUUUUGUUAAAGUAAGUAUUUUUUAAUUAAUAUUUUAAGAAAUGAUACUAGAUAUUAGAUUUAAUUAGAAUUUACUAUAAAUGUUAUGUUACAUGGCACAUUAUUGUUUAAAUUUAAAGUUCUGGUUCCACUUGGCUUUAUACUGUUAGGAAAAUUCUCACAGUUGUUUUAUGCUGUUGUCGGAUAAAUAUGGCCAGAUUCAUGAAAAUUUUCUAAGGUUAAAUGUUCAGUAUUUUUUUAACCCUUGUGCACUGUUCAAAUUUACUACCCUUUUGUUAUAGGGAUGAAAAUAUCCACUGAGUUAAGCUGCUUUAAUUUAAAAGGCUAGUAAAUUUGCCCAGUGUAUCGUUGAGUACUUUAACAAAUUUAAAGGAUUUUGUUAAAA